GCGCUCUAUACUCACUCUAACAUUUCUUCGACUGUCAAAUUCGAAGCCUUUGGCUUAGGUACAAUCAUGUCGUCUUCCCAAGUUAUCAAGCGUGCAUCUGCGAGUGGCCCAACGAAAAGGGCCUCCACCGCCGCCUCAGCCCCGAAGCCUCCCCUCUCAAGCUCCUCUCGUGCAAUUAUCGCUGGCCAUGCUUCUCUCAGCGGAAUGAAUCGUAUUUCGUUGGGUCCUUACACCGUGCUACAUCCUUAUUCGCGCAUUUCAUCUAACGUUGCACCGGUCACGCUCAAUGAGGGAUGCGUUAUAUGGGAGAAGGCCACAAUAGGCAUUUCAGACAAUAGUAUCAGGUACAGCGAGGACAAGUCAGAAAAAGAGACGCAAAGGGGUACCACCCUGAACAGACAUGUUGUCGUUGAGAGUCUAGCCGUGGUAGAGGCCAAGGAGAUCGGUGAGGGCACUAUCAUCGAGAGUGGUGCCAAGGUAGGCAUCGGAUGCGUACUUGGCAAGUACUGUACUGUUUCUCCUGGUACAAUUGUGCCUCCAUUCACCGUACUGCCUGAUUUUACAGUGGUCUUUGGCUUCGCGCAGACGCGUACGAACACCACACUACAGGACCGAGAAGACAUCAUGAAGUUGAAGGUGCAAGCACACGAGAAGCUUCUGGAGUCACUCGCGAUACUUAUACCCAACAACCUGGCGAAGUGGCAAUGAAAGGCGAGCAUUUGGCGCUAGGAAAAUGCAUGCAUAUAACAGUUUCGAGCGUGCCCGAAUCACUCCAUUCAAUACACAUUCGACUGACUAUUCGACUCGCACAUCGAUGCCCGCUGCCGGUAGGAAGAGUGUGAAUAACGAAAAGAGUGUGAUUUUAGAACACCAUAUCAAUUUAGUACUAACAAAAGCCUGAUUCGUAUUCGCUUAGGUAUGGCCCACCUUUACCUUGGCAAUUUCCUCCACACGAUCCACGAUGAGUUUGUCG